GGAAGCGGCACAGAGACAGCGCGCAACUGACAACUGAGCGAGGAAGAGCAGGGAAGUUAAAUCCUGAAAAGAUGUCCAUUCCGUUCUCAAACACGAACUAUCGCAUCCCGCGAGGCUUCGCCAACCUUCUGGAAGGAUUCACCAGGGAAGUUUUACGAGAUCAGCCCAAAGAUAUCCCGCUGUUUGGCGCCAAGUACUUUGAAGGACUCCUGAAACAAAGGGCUGAGACAAACUUUGAUCCAGCGGAAUGGGGAGCGUCGAUCGAGGACAGGUUCUACAACAACCACGCUUUCAAGCGUGCGGAGUUAAAUGCCGGCGCUUCAGAGGGGCGAAAGGACGGCGCUCGGAACGCCUCUGUCCCGGAGAACUCGCACAUUACCGAACCGACCUAUCGCUCCGCAGAUAAAGACCAAAAGGAGGUGGAAAGGUCCGGCGAGUCGGGGCAGAUAAACGCCGCCACCGUCAUCCAAGCCGCCUUCCGCGGUCACCUCACCAGACGGGAGGCAAACAAACCGAAGACGUCGACGGACGAGAACUUCUUGAAAUCCACCUCUUGUGAUUCACAAAACCCAGAUAUUUAUAAAGAAAAACACACAGCUGACGAGUCUGACGCCGCAGUGCGCCCAAGCCGUGGGGAGGAACAACUUACAACAGAUAUUGACAGUGGGGACAGUACUGGCGGAGGACUUGAGAGGGUCUUGAACGCUGAAAUAUUAGCGGACGUUCAAGGAGAGACCAAGCAGGCUGACGCUCUGGAGGGUGAAACGGAGGAUGGCGAAGAAGUGCAAAGAGAUGCCGGGGAAGGAGUCGGAGAACCGGAGGAUCUACGCACCCUGCAAGUGGGAGACCCUGCUUUGGAAAAAGAGGCAUUAAGCGCAGAGACUUCUGCUUUCCAAACACAGGAGCGACUCGUUUCCAGCGAGGAUCCGACUCUCCGCUUUAUCGCUGAAACCGUAACAGAGCAAUCCCGAGUCACUACCGACGGCGAGGCCAAGGAACCCACUCCGGACGCCACCGAACCCACUCCGGACGCCACCGAACCCACUCCGGACGCCACCGAACCCACUCCGGACGCCACCGAACCCACUGCUGACACCACCGAACCCACUCCGGACACCACAAAACCCACUCCGGACACCACAAAACCCACUCCGGACGCCACCGAACCCACUCCGGACACAACAAAACCCACUCCGGACACCACAAAACCCACUCCGGAUGCCACAGAACCCACUCCGGACGCCACAGAAGCCACCCCUGACACCACAAAACCCAUUCCUGACACCACCAAACCCACUCCGGAUGCCACAGAACCCACUCCGGACGCCACCCCUGACGCCGCAGAACCCACUCCGGACGCCGCAGAACCCACUCCGGACGCCGCAGAACCCACUCCGGACGCCGCAGAACCCACUCCGGGUGCCACCCCUGACACCACAGAACCCACUCCGGACGACAGCACAACGAAAACAAACGUCUCUCCCGUCACAGCUGAAAACAAAACGGACUCUGACAAAGUGGGAAACUCAGCAGAAAAGAAUGAGACGUUCAGGAAGCCGCAGGACGAAGCUCUGGACAUACCGCUCGAUGACCCUGACGCCAACGCAGCCGCUGCCAAGAUCCAGGCCGGCUUCCGCGGGCACAUGACCAGAAAGAAGAUGAAAAGUGGGGAAAAAGAUCUGAAAAAAGACAGCAAAGAAAGCAGCAGCUCGCAGGGGGAAGGCGACUAACGAGAGCGGAGAGCGGCCGUAUUCUGAUGAAGCAGACGGUGCCCAGGUCAGCAUCACCUUCGCAGCAAGUUGAACCCCGAUCGCUGUGCCCCGUUUGCCCCCCUGAGGAUAGAGCCCCCCACGGCCCCUGGAAGACUCCGUGCUGUUCUAUGAAAAUGCCUCAUUGCGUGCGGUGAUCUUCCUGCUCACCAUGAUUAUUUUCUUUUAAUUUAUGAAAUCGGUAGACAUAUUGCUGUGAAAUGUUGUGAUUUCAUUCAUUCGCUUUCCGCCGCGUCCUCCGCGAAUUAGCUUUGUGAUGUUUGCAUGUUUUAUAUGAGUUUUCAUGAAAUUCUUGAUUUAGAGGUUUGCAGUUGGCUCUUCUGCAAUAACGGUCCGGGGGUUAUUUUCUGCAAUGUGAAUUCUCUGAUUAUUGUCACUUUUUUCUGUUUUAGAAAUUAAAAUUUUCUGUAAUGUAAGAAAAAAAAUAAAAAAAUCCCGAAACAG